CAAAGGGCUACUGGCCACGCUCAAAGAAUUCGAAGACCACAAGUACUUGUGAAGUGCGAGCUGCAUAGCACAAUUGCGCAUCGAUCAAACACCCCGGCAGGGCGACUGUACAAGCAAGACCGACACGAUGACUGCAAUUCCAGAAUUCGCCUACGGGUCAUCACCACCUGUGCCGGUGAAACCUCAAAAGCCAGAGCAGGUAACGGAAGGCGUGACACUUCUCAAACCGCUUUCAAGAAGGGGCCAUGGACCUGGAAUGAUCAUUCUCGCACCAAACGACGAACGAGCCGCACCUGUCGAAAUUCAAGAUGGCAUCCCUUCACUACGAAUGAAAUGGGCCGAAGAAGGAUAUUGUGUUGCUGAAAUUCGACCAAAUGCUUCAUCCGGAGCUCUCAAAGCUGCCGUGCAAGCUCUGGAAAGCUGUACUGAAUGCGAACCAAAAGACAAAAUGGGCCUCAUCUGCUACGACACAGACUUGUGGUCCAAAUCCGCUUCCGCUGUGGAGUCUCUGAAAGAUCGCAUCGUUGUCGCAGCAAUAUACGCAAAGGCUUCGCAGUUCAAGCAGAUCUCUACACAGGCUUCUGUGCCUACGAUAUACCAUUUGGCCGGCAAAUCGGAGACAAAGUCGACGGCUACUGCCAACAGCAAAAUUUACGAAUAUGCUACGACGGAGUCGAGUUCUUUUCCAGUACCGUUUUAUGAGGACUUUCAUUAUGCUACGGAAGCUGUUUCGCAUUCAAGAAAUCUGUCUUUUUUCAAGCCGAGAAUGAAUGGACCUUAUUUUGACCUUGAGUUGCUGUGGGAUGAGCAUACGUACUAUGAAUUUGAGAAUAGGAAUGUUGAGCAUACGAUGGCGACGAUGGUGGAUGAGCCAUAUGUCAAUCAUGUCCCGACGCUCACCGGAGGCAUCGGCCGCAAAAAGCUGACGAAUUUCUACCGCGAUCACUUCAUCUUCAGCAACCCAGACGACACCGAGCUUGAACUCAUCAGUCGAACUGUAGGAAUUGACAGAGUCGUGGAUGAAUUUAUCUAUAAAUUCACGCACGAUAAGACACCGGAUUGGCUCUUCCCCGGUGUCCCGCCCACAUACAAAUAUGUCGAAAUCCCCAUGAUGGCAGUCGUUAACAUCCGCGGCGAUCGCCUCUAUCACGAGCAUAUCAGCUGGGAUCAAGCUUCUGCACUACGACAAAUUGGAGUCCUACCAGAGACAUUGCCUCUGACAGUCGAAGUACCUGCUGCGGCGACGAAUGGGACGAAUGGGCAUGUGAAUGGCAAUGGCGUCGUGUAUAGUAAUACUAAGCAGUAUGAGGUUACGUUGCCUGUUGCUGGAACGGAUACGACGAAUAAGAUGCGGGAUAAGAAUUCUGUGGCGUCGAAUGGGAUGUUUGAGUAUAAGGCGAGGGAGGUUUGA